UUGCCACCCUGUGGGACAGAAGAAACGGCUCCGUUAACAGGUGCGAGGUUAGACAAACAAACCGCAAUUAGAAGAAUAUUUUAAUUUGUAUUCGCGGUAAAAUAGGAGCUAUCUAGCCUAAAUAUCUAACAUUUUUUUACGAAGCCUCUUUCGUUCCGGAGGAGGACCGACAAAGCCAUGUCAGCCAAAAAACGGAUGGAUUUAACGAGAAGGAGCCGAAGCCCCGCGGUGUCCGAGGCGGAGAUGUUUGGUGAUUUUCAGGAGUGGUGCCUUCGCACUUACGGAGACUCCGGCAAAACAAAGACCGUCACCCGGCGAAAAUACAGCAAAAUUCUGCAGACCCUCUUACAGAGCGACGACUUGGAGGGCGUCUAUAUCGAGAGCAACCACAUCAACGCCAAAUUUAAGUUCUGGGUGAAAUCCAAAGGUUUCCAGGUGGGCAACACUGACGGCGAGCCGAGCGAGAGCGAGAAUGGGGCAGCGGACAGACCGGUCCUGUACGUCCCCAUCAAGGCAACGUGUGUGGACGGGGGCUCGGGGUCCGAGAGCUCCUCUCUGAAGAGGGUGGCUGUGGUGGAGGACUUCUAUGACAUCAUCUAUGCCAUGCACGUGGAGAUCAGCUCCGACCCAGCCAAAGCACCCAAACAUGCCGGGCAGAAGAAAACAUAUAAAGCGAUAGCGGAGACGUAUGCGUUUCUGCCCAGAGAGGCGGUGACCCGUUUCCUGAUGAGCUGUGGAGAAUGUCAGAAGAGGAUGCACAUCAGCCCCAGUGGAGCAGAGUUCAAAGAGAACAACCAACCGACCUCUCUGGCGGCCGAGCUCAUAGACUACAAUAUGCCCCUCACUACAACCUACCUGAAACAGAAGAAACUACAGUGCAUGAACAACAACGAGCAGGAUGAGUGUUCAGUGAGUAGUGAGGAGUUUGAUAUGAGUGACCCCACAUGGAUAUCAGCUGAACGUCACACCGCACUGUCUGACCUGAACCAUCCUUCCAGCGCAGAUAGGAUGCACAGCCCGCAAAACACACACAAGGAAGAGGACGAUGAUUCAUCUUCUGAAAGUGGGUGUGGCAAUGGGGUUCACACACUGACUCCUCCAUCAGUAGGUGCGGCCGGUGUGAGCGACAGUACGGGGACAGGACCUGGAUCAGGCUCGUACGCCGAGGUUAACGGCAACGGUACCGCAGCUCCACUCGACUUCAGCACGACUUCCUCAUCCUCAUCCUCAGAGGACCAGCAACCAGUCAACCUCAGCGACAGACUGAGCCAGGCCCUGCCCAGUGCUGCCGCCAUGCUGGCGACCUUUAACCCCGAGCAAGCAGAAGAGUUGCGCAGAAAAUACCCCAAAUCCUCAGAGCUACGCCUUGACCGAGACAUCAGGGACUUUAACAACAAGUCUCCUCAAUACAGUUCAGGCAGCUAUGAUUCAAUAAAAAUGGAGAUAUGUGCUGAAGAUCUGACUGUUGGUCGGUCUCAGGCGGCUGAUGAUGAUGACGAUGACCAUGAUGACCACGACGAUAGCGAUAAGAUCAAUGAUGUAGAAGGAGUGGAUCCAGAGAGGUUGAAGGCCUUUAAUAUGUUUGUGCGUCUCUUUGUGGAUGAGAACCUGGACCGUAUGGUGCCAAUCUCUAAACAGCCUAAAGAGAAGAUCCAGGCCAUUAUUGAAUCCUGCAGCCGUCAGUUCCCAGAGUUCCAGGAGCGUGCUCGCAAACGCAUCCGCACCUACCUCAAAUCCUGCCGCCGCAUGAAGAAAAACGGCAUGGAGACUCGACCCACGCCACCCCACCUGACCUCAGCCAUGGCUGAAAACAUUCUAGCAGCUGCCUGUGAGAGCGAAUCACGCAAAGCUGCCAAAAGAAUGCGCUUGGAUGUCUACCAGGCACACGAGGACUCAGUAUCUCUGGAAAAGGCGGUCUCUCGUGAGCCGGUCUCUCUGACCCAGUCUGCAUACUCCCUUGCUGCCUCAGCCUACUCCCAGGACCAGCUAUACAUCAAUGGAGGCCUCAACUACAGUUACAGGGGAUACGGUGGACUGUGUGCCAGCAUGCAACACCCUGUGUCCCUGACAACAGCUAUCGCCCAGACCAAUGGGCCUACUGAUCUCAGUAUGAAGUCUCUGGCAUCGAAUUCGUCCUCGUCAAGCUCUAGUAGUCUCGGCAGGAAUGGAGGAGGGGGCGGGGCUUCAGCUCAGCUCAGCCAUACAGAGGUAGCGGCAGUGCGUCAGCUGAUCGCGGGAUACCGUGAGUCUGCGGCCUUCCUGCUACGAUCGGCAGAUGAGCUGGAGAACCUCAUACUACAACAGAACUGAACCGAUCUUCAACGCUCUCUCUGUCUACAUACAUCUCUCGUCCCUCUAGACCACAUAACUGGCUGUGUCCCUCACAUGAUCAUCAUCAUUGUCAGAGGUUUUCCGGUCACCAAGGAAAACCAUCUGGCUCUAAAAAUUUUAGAAGAGAGAGAAAACACAGCUUCAUCAAGCUUUUGCUUUCAUAUAGCUUCAGUGAGAACGACUGACAGAUGAAGAGGACAAACAUGGAGAUGGAUCUCUGAAGGACACUGCAGUGCUGAAGUGGACGGUUCGAUGUGUCCUCCGCAUACUGCUCCUGCAUUUCAUGCCUUCUCCACGACCUCCCUCCGUUCAUUCUGCCUUCAUGCCCCUCUGAGAGCCAUUGAUUUCUGAUUUUCUUUGUUUUUAGCUACUUCAAAGGGGGAAAUACGGCACGCCAAUCCUCCAGACAGCACUAACUAAAUGAAGACACUUUUGAUUUGGAGGUGUAAUGGAAAAAAAGAAGAGAAAAAGAGCAAGAAGAAAACUAAGAGACCUUUGUAUUUGCUGUAAAUAAGCACUCGCUGUGUUCUGAAGCACUUUUCCAUUCGUUCUGACCUCUGAAUCAUUAAUUUAUGCAUUUAGAUAUGCAGGUGGAAGCUCACCUGGAAAUACCUCAGCCUCUCUCUCUCUCUCUCUCUCUCUCUCUCUCUCUCUCUCCCAGCGUCCCCCUCUGUAUGUGGGAGAAGAAAAUUAUCACCUGUCCAUCCUCCACUUCACGGUCCACUUAUUUGGGCAUCGAAAGUGGAGAGUGGGAGUGAAUUUGUUUCUGUAAUUGAAGUGCAGAUUUUCUUUUCCAAAUCCUUCAAAUGUGUUGUAUAUAUUCCGAUCCAUUUCAAGGUAUUGAUCGC